ACAACCGCAGUGGCAGGUUCUGCUCUUUACAUCUCAGUUCUCUCCCAAUCUGGGACUCGUUGAGUUAAUUUCCAGGAGAAAAAAUGGAAAAUUCCGCCAACACGGAUCAGAUAUUGGUGAACAGGUCGAAAACUCUGGAAAAAUCUGAUCUGAUAAAUUUCAACCAAGAGGACUUGAUCGAGAAAGUGCUGCAGCUUCAGGCACACAAUCUUCAGCUAAGGAACAUAGUUGCAAAGCUGAAUGGAACACAAAAAGCUCAAGGCGCAAAGAAAGCAACAAAGAAAUUUGAUUUUGAGAAGUGUCCAAAAAUCCAUGUAGCGUUUAAACUACUUUACCUUGGAUGGAAUUACCAAGGGUAUGCGUGUCAAGAAGACAGCCCUGAAACUGUUGAACACCAUUUAAUCAAAGCUUUGUUAAAAUGCCAACUGAUACAAAGUCGUGAUACCAGCAACUAUCAUAGGUGCGGCAGGACUGACAAAGGCGUCAGCGCUUUCGAUCAGGUAGUGUCUAUCACAGUGAGAGCAGCUGAAGAAGGAAAGCCACCGAUAAAUUACUGCAAGAUCUUAAAUCGCCUACUUCCAGAGAACAUUAGAAUCAUAAGCUGGGCCCCAGUUCAUUCAGAAUUCAGCGCUCGAUUCAGUUGCAACAAAAGGAUGUAUAGAUACUAUUUUCCAAAGUCUAAUUUAGAUUUAAAGAAAAUGAACGAGGCAGCACAACAUUUAGUCGGUGUACACGAUUUUCGCAACCUUUGCAAAAUGGAUGUAGCUAACGGUGUGACCAACUUUAUAAGGUCUAUAGAGAAAGCGACCGUAUCAGAAAUAAACGAUAGGAGCGGAUAUUUUAAUGGAUAUGAGAUGUGCCAACUAGAAUUGAUCGGAAAAGCAUAUUUAUGGCAUCAGGUGAGAUGUAUUAUGGCGGUGUUACUACUUGUUGGACGAGGACUUGAAGAACCCCGUAUAAUUGCUGAACUGUUGGAUACUGAUAAAAAUACAAGAAAGCCGCAGUAUGCUCUAGCAAAUCCAAUAGGCCUGAACCUUUAUAAAUGCUACUUUGAUGAAGUAGACUGGACAAUCGACCCAGAAGAAUUGACGAACGUAGUGGGAUGUCUCCAAAGGCUUUGGACAGAACACAAAAUCAAGGCGACACAAAUCGAAUCGAUGAUAACGGACUUGGAGAAAUUCGUGCCGGAACAAAUUUUCGAACAAAAUGCAAUAAUUGUUAAAAGAGAAUCUCGCCAGUAUAAACAAUUACUUGACAGGCAUAAAUGUAAUAGUCUUGAAGAUAGGAUUGAGCAUUAUGUUAAAAAACGUAAACUAGAUAUUAAAAAGAAGAACAAGCACACGAAGUGCUCCUGCUUCCUCGGGUUCUAACAUCGUACUGACCUUUGUUGGGAAGAGAGGUUGAUUCCAGAAGUUGCCUGGUGUGAAAAUUGAAUCAACUAAACCGUCUCAA